AUUUGAAGACGACCGCACUUCCGUAAACGACUUCUAUGGCUGCAGCAACACACUGGCUCCGUUUAUAUGAUCUCCAGCCAGGUGUGUUUACCCUCGAUUUGUUGCCUCUGUGAUGGAUCGCAGCAGAUCAGCUGACAGAGCUGGCAGAGAGAAAAAACACGAGAAGAAGAAGAAACGGAGACGCUCCUCUUCUUCUUCAUCGUCAUCGUCUUCCUCCUCCAGCAGCCGGAGUCGAAGCAGAUCAAAGAAAGCAUCGUACAAGAGUCGAGAUGUGAAAACACAAAGGAAGAAGCGCAGAAGAAGCUCCUCUUCUUCUUCUUCGUCCACCUCUUCAUCAUCGUCGUCUUCAUCCUCGUCGAGCGAUGAGAAGACAAAGAGGAGGAAAAGCAAAGCCAAGAAAAAGAAGCCCAAGAAGAAAAAGGCGAAGCUGAAGAAACAGAGGAAAAAGGAAAAGAAGAAGAAAGAGAAGCUGAAGAAGAAGGAGAAGAAGAAAGCAGGGGUGGCGUUGUCCAGUCCUCCAGCAGCAGAGAAACCUCCAUCUUUCCUGGAGGUGUGGCAGAGUGAUGAGGGGGCAGUGGAGCUCGGGCCUGUGAUGACCGAUGAACAGAAGGCCCGACUCUCCACUAAGAGGCCCCUCACCAAAGAGGAGUACGAGGCCAGGCAGAGCGUGAUCCGCAGGGUGGUGGACCCAGAAACAGGACGCACCAGAUUGGUGAGAGGAGAAGGAGAGAUCAUAGAGGAGAUAGUCAGUCGAGAAAAACACAAAGACAUCAACAAGCAAGCCACCAAGGGAGAUGGGAAUGCUUUCCAGAGGAAACUGGGAAUCAACAAGUAGAAGAUGCUGUGAUCUGCUGCAAUAAGCUGAAUUUUAUAUGAUGAUAUAAUGAACAGUUGCCUGUGAUUUAACCGUAUGGGGGUGAAGGUACAGAAUUAUCAGGGCAUGUACUUUUGAUGUACACUAAUGAUUUUAAUCCAGGUCAAAACCAGUAUCUCCUAUUGAUUUGCCUUAUUAAAUCUAUGCUGAUAACAGAGGAGAUAUAAAAAGAAGCAGAUGAGUUAGUGAGCCACUUGAAUGUUUUGAGUCAACUGACCUCUGCAAAAAAAGACCUAUGUGAGGAAGAUGUCCCAAAUAGUUUGCACAUACGAUGUACGUUUACGCUGAUUUAUUUUGUAAAUCAUUAUUUUAUAAUUAUUUUCCUGAAUGCACUGCAAGUCAGUUUUUGUACAACGAUAUGAAGAAGAGAUACAACUGUUCAGUAUCCUACUUCUGCAAACAUUUUUUUUAGUUUGGCUACGUACUCUACACCCACUCACAUCAAUGUCUUCCCACCUUUACAUCUCACAUUUUGUUUCUUUUUGGUUCUCUGAAUAAAUCUGCAUUCAAGUAAA